AUUCUAGUUGAGCAUAGAGGGAAGAAAAAGAAGUUUGCGCCCGAAGAAAUUAGCAGUAUGGUGUUAUAUAGGAUGAAACAAGUGGCAGAAGCGUAUUUAGGUGCUAAGGUUGAUAAGGCAGUGAUUACAGUUCCCGCUUAUUUCAACGAUUCUCAGAGACAAGCGACUAGGGCAGCAGCGACUAUAGCCGGUUUAGAAGUUUUAAGGAUAACGAACGAGCCUACAGCGGCGGCAUUGGCGUAUGGGAUCGAAAGAGACUUGGGAAACGAGAAGAAUGUGCUUAUUUUCGACUUAGGAGGAGGUACUUUGGAUGUUUCGAUAUUAAGUAUAGGAGAAAACACAGAAGGGUCCAUCUAUGAGGUCAAAGCAACAGCUGGGAAUACAAGACUUGGCGGCGAGGACUUCGAUAAUAGAUUAGUGGCUUAUUUCGCUGAAGAUUUUCGAAAGAAGUACGGUACAGAGAUCCUAGGCAAUGCGAGAGCUACACGUCGAUUGAAAGCGGCUUCGGAAAGGGCUAAAAGGUUUCUAGCAUCCGCUUCAGAGGCUACCGUCGAGGUGCAGAGCCUCUGCGACGGGAUAGACUACCAGGGGAAGAUCAGCAAGGCGUUAUUUGAGGAGCUAUGCUCAGAUCUGUUCAUAGAUACCUUGGAGCCUGUGGAGCAGGCGCUGGAGGAUGCUAAGAUGAAGAAAAGCGAUAUACAGGACAUCAUACUCAUAGGCGGGAGCACGAGGAUGCCUAAAAUACGGAGGAUGCUCAGCGAUUACUUCGACGGACGCACUCUCACUACCUCUAUUAACCCUGACGAAGCCGUUGCGUUAGGCGCUGCGAUCCAAGCAGCGAUUCUAAGCGGAGAACAUCAUGAGAAGAUCAACGAUUUGCUGCUAGUCGACGUCGUGCCAUUGUCUCUGGGAGUGGAAACUUCUAGAGGGUUAAUGUACAAAGUGAUCCAACGGAACACAACCAUACCAUGCUCUAACACCAAAGAUUUGACCACUUUAGAAGACUACCAAAGCUGCAUGACCAUUGAGGUUUUUGAGGGCGAAAGGAGCUUGACUAAGGACAACAAUCUGCUGGGCGUUUUCGAACUGAAUGGCAUACCUCCAGCUCCUCGAGGCAUCGCUAAGAUAUACGUGACGUUUGACAUCGAUGUGAACGGUAUAUUGACAGUGACAGCUCAGGAUAGAAGCACAGGGAAUUCGAAGCAGAUAGUGAUAACAAAUGAUCACAGAUUGAAGCAGCAGGAGAUAAAUAAGAUGAUCGCUGAUGCUGAGAAGUUCAGAGAGGAAGACAGAGAAAGGAAGCUUUGUUUAGAAGCUAGAAACCAGUUGGAGAGCUACAUUUAUGGAGUGAAGCAGAUUGUAACAGAACGGGGAGAGAAACUAACUGACGAUGAGAAAUCUACCAUGUUCAAUGCAUGUGAAGAAGCUAUAACUUGGUUGGAUCUCAAUACUGAUUGUCUCAGAGAAGAGUAUGAGAGGAAAUUGACUGAGCUGAUGAGGAGUUGGUCGCCCAUCAUGCAGAAAUACUACGAUCAGAGCUGGAGACAUAGAAGGAAGAGGAUGAAAAGUGGUAGCUACACGAUAGAAUUAGAUGAGCAUGAGUUUGCAGCUAUAAAGCAGUUACAGGCUACAGGGAUGGCUCCAGUCGCUGGAAAUUCUAGAAAUAGUAAGAAUUCUGAAGCAGUUAAAGAAACUGAACCUUCUGGAGAAGCUGGAUCGUCUACAGUGUCUCUAUCAUCUGAAGUUACACCACCAUCUGCAGUGUUUGAACCGUCUGGAUUGUCUGCAGUAGCUGGACCUUCGGGUACACCUCCAACUUCUAGUCCUGGAACGUCUGGUACAUCCUAAUUUAGUUAUUUUACGACAGAAUACUCAGUUUUUGGUAAGACAAUUAUUUUCGUCUCAAUAGACAGGUAAUCGCUAGUGGCGCCAACUAGUGAGCAUAAAUACGUGUAAAAAAGACAAGUUUGUGAUACUU